AGCAAAUUGUGUGCUUCUUCAGCACCUUCUGUGUUCACAUGCGAAGUGGGCCCGACUGGCGGUCGCACUGCAAGGUGAAUGAAGUGCUGGGCAUGCGCUGCAGCCAUUGCCUUACAGUCAGCCACUCCGGCGAAUGCCGCAACUCCUGCGGGCUUCGCAGCGAACUCCUUGGGCGCCUUCCUGGAGCAGAGCUAUGGGGCCGCCUAUGGUGUGCUGCUGGGAGUAGGCGAUGGCGCUCGAGCACUGGAACUGCUGGGUGCUUGGCCGCACGGGGUGCUCUUUCUGGUGGAUCCUUACAUCCACUUGCGGCGAGGUUAUGAUCGUCCCGAGAAUUUGGACGAUGCCGCACAUCAAAGGAACUACGACAAUCUGAGAAAUCGCCUACAUGAUCACGCAGGGGUUCAGGGCCGAUACUCGUUCGUGCGAGAGUUCUCCUUCACCGUGCCGCGCAUUUGGGUCGAAAAGAAAUGGGGUCCCAAGCCGUCGCUGAUCUUCCAAGAUGCCAACCCCUCCUACGGUGCCGUGCUGACGGAUCUCCGGGAGUGGUGGCCACUCUUAGCCGAAGGCGGCACCGUGCUGGGAAGCAACUACUCCACCGAAGGGGACGGCACAAGGGUGGGCGUGCAGCUGGCCGUGGACGAGUUUGCCGCUGGUAUGGGUCUCACGGUCUUUGUGACGGACGAGGAGAGAGAACCGCUGUGGAUUCUGCAGAAGCCGAGAUGAAAAAGACCGGUCAGAGGAUCAGAUGGGACAGAUGGGAUGGAC